AUGUCAAGUGACCAGAUUGAAGAAGAGCCCUUGUGGGUUCCGGGGACAAUCGCCCUCGAGGAUGUUCACAAUACCAGAGUGAUCCUCUUUCCCACUCCCUCUACUGACCCGGACGAUCCUCUUAACUGGUCGACGGCACGGAAGGCCCUCAAUUACACCAUCGUCAGCUUAUUUAUUCUUUUUACUUUCGUGGAAUUGGACAUCGGCUUCACCGCAUGGGGUCAAAUGCAACUUCACGCACGUAAAUACGGUCGUCGCCCUAUCUAUAUUCUCGCUUCGAAUGCAGAAGUCUAUACUUUCGGUAAUUAUAUCGGGGCUAACCUGGUUUCCGGUCUGGGUGGUGCCAUUAGUGAGGUCAUUGUGCAAAUGACUGUGGCAGACAUUUCCUUCGUGCAUCAUCAUGGUACAAUGAACGGCUUGUUCGUGCUUUUCGAGUCAAUCGGUGCAUUUUUGGGCCCUGUUGCAUCGGGAUACAUUGUGCAGUCUCAGGGUUGGCGAUGGACAUGGUGGUGGUGUGUGAUCUUCUUUGGCAUCAUCUUAGUCUGCGUCAUCUUCCUCUUCGAGGAGUCGAAAUUUGUCCCCAUCUUGGAUGCGCAAGAUAUUUCUCCGGCCGCUCGACGAGUGACGGCCGUAGAAUACCCUGAAAGUUCCCGAGCUCCCAAGGCCAAACGUCCGUCCGACGACAAGAAGGGCAUUAUCAAAUCUGUGGUAACAUACGACGCACCUUGCCCUGAAUUCAAAUCAAAAACCUACCUCCAGAGAAUGGCUUUCGUCACACCAUCUAGCGAGUCCAUAUGGUCUCAUGCAUGGUAUCCAAUCAUAACUCUGUUUACCUUCCCAGCUGUUUCAUAUACAGCAAUUAUAUACGGCUCUACCUUGUGCUGGUUUGCCGUCAUGACAUCGCUCCAGGCGACAUAUAUGCUUUUGCCGCCUUAUAACUUUAGUUCGAUUGGUGUUGGCCUGAUGAAUGUGGCACCUAUUAUUGGGGGACUGCUAGGCUUCCCGUUUUCGGGCUAUUUGAGCGACAGAUCUAUCAUUUGGCUCUCUAAGAAGAAUGGCGGCAUUUACGAGCCCGAGAUUCGUCUCUGGCUUUUGCUCCCUAUGAUCAUCUUGGGCCCAGGGUCGAUUCUGAUGUUUGGCCUUGGACUCGCUUAUGGUGCUCACUGGUCCGUUCUAGCCAUCGGCUACGGUAUAUAUGGAUUCGUCUUUUCAUCUGCUGGUGGUCUCUCGCUGUCAUACCUCAUGGAUUGCUACCAGGACAUCAUUGGUGAUACUCUAGUUGGUGUGGUAUUCGUACGAAAUGUGAUCUCGGUUGUCGUUCUCUUCGCAUUGACUCCCUGGGUUGACGGCAUGGGCCUUCGGAACCUUCAUAUCCUGCUCGCCGUCUUGGCCUUUUGCAUCUACUCACUACCAAUUGCUCUUCUGAUAUGGGGAAAGAAAGCAAGGGCUGCUACCGCAUCAACUUAUCGGGAGAUGGCGGCGAGUCAAGUUGACCAUCGAGCAGUAUGA